AUGGCGAACACAAAUCUUCGUUUCCGCGCUGCGACUCAGGAUGACAUCUCGGUCCUGAAGCAGCUGAUAGAAUCAGCCUUUCGUGCUGAGGACAGCAGAGAGGGAUGGGUCGGGAAUUCACAGCUCGCGGCGCAGUUUUCCAUCGAAGCAAAGAACAUUAAGAGCAUUAUCGACAACCCCGAAAGCCUGUUCCUGAUGGCUGGCGAUGCGAAUGACACACUGCUAGGAACCAUCGGGGCUUCUAAGAGUAGCCCUAACGGCGCUCGGCUUUUUAUGUUCGCUGUAGACCCUCAAUGUCAUCGGAGUGGUAUUGGAAAACAGAUCCUUACCUACGCCGAAGACUACUGCCGACGGGAGUGGGGUUCGAAAGUCCUGGGACUUAAUGCUCUUUCGAACCGAGAGAAUCUGAUAUCGUGGUACAUGCGACGCGGCUUUCAAAAGACAGGAGUGACCACACCGUUCCCUCUGGAGGAGUUCAAAGAUUUGGAUCUGCCUGAUGACCUGCAUUUUGUCGAAUUCGAGAAGGCUUGGACUUCUUCCUAUGAUGACAAUCCCGCCACUCAGCCAACAACAGGAGCGUGCGCCUGA